AUGGCGUCCGUCCGCAUCCCUUUCCUCCUACGCACGUCGGCUCGCUCGCUGCGGCCACGCGCCGUCCCCGCACUCUCCCCAGGUUUCGUGCGGAGCGUGUCAACGAAGCAUCCCGCCGGCUUCACACCACCCACAGAAGAAGAUCUUAUCGAACUCCGAGAGCGAGUACAAGAAUUCACAAGGCGAGAGAUUCCGGCCGAGGUUGCCCAGCGGACAGAUGAGCAGAAUGAAUUUCCGGCGGAUAUGUGGAAGAAACUAGGUGAUGCUGGGCUGCUUGGUGUUACUGCCAACGAGGAAUAUGGCGGGUUGGGCAUGGGUUACCAGGCCCACUGCGUGGUGAUGGAAGAACUUAGCAGAGCUUCUGGCAGUAUCGGCCUGUCCUACGCUGCUCACUCCCAGCUCUGCGUCAACCAGCUCUCCCUAAACGGCUCAGCAGAGCAAAAGGAGAGGUACCUACCCGGUCUGCUGUCCGGCGAGAAGAUUGGUGCUCUGGCCAUGUCCGAGCAUUCUGCCGGGUCUGAUGUGGUUAGCAUGAAGACCACAGCAAAGGAGGUGGACGGUGGCUGGGUGCUGAAUGGCACCAAGAUGUGGAUCACCAACGGCCCUGAUGCGGACUUUAUCGUCGUAUACGCCAAGACUGAACCCGAGAAGGGCUCCAAAGGCAUCUCGGCUUUCGUGGUUGAGAAGGGCUUUGAAGGCUUCUCCUGUGCCCGCAAAUUGGAUAAACUUGGCAUGCGUGGCUCAAACACGGGCGAGCUGAUCUUCGAGGACGUCUUUGUGCCUCGAGAGAACCUCCUUGGUGAGGUAAACCGCGGCGUCAAGGUACUGAUGGAAGGUCUUGAUUUGGAACGACUGGUCUUGAGCGCAGGUCCUCUCGGUAUCAUGCAGGCUGCUCUUGACCUUGUUCUGCCCUACACCCACGUUCGGAAGCAGUUUGGUACUCCCAUUGCCCACAACCAGUUGAUUCAGGGCAAGCUCGCAGACAUGUAUACCAAGCUCGCUGCAUCGCGAGCAUACACGUACGCCACCGCACGUGAAGUAGACAACGGUGCGGCUGCACCCACUCCGCUUGUGAUCCGGACACAGGACUGCGCUGGCGCAAUUCUCUACGCUGCCGAGCGUGCGACAGAAUGUGCCCUGGAUGCUAUCCAACUCAUGGGCGGAAACGGCUACAUCAACGAGAUCGGAGCUGGACGUCUGCUCCGAGACGCGAAACUGUACGAGAUCGGAGCUGGAACUAGCGAGAUCCGACGGAUGGUGAUCGGUCGUGCUUUCAACAAGGAGUAUGCCUAA